AUGGAUGAGGAAGCUCUAGAGAGUUUUCUUGGUGCCGUGAGACUAAACUUUCAUCACCAACAUCUUGUUUACCCUACAAAUAUUUUUUCUAAAUGCGGUGCUUGCUCCAACUAUGAACAUAUAGAAGGCAGCGAACGCGGUGAAAAUGGCGAAGGCGUUCAAGGUAGCAACUGCGGCUACAUCUGCAAGCCAUGUAAUCUCUACGUCCAUAAAGAUUGCAUCCAGAUUAACAAUCCACAUCGUCACAAGCACUCUCUUAAACUCCUUGAGUUUAUGCACCAACUCGACGAUGGUCGAAAAUGUCUUGUGUGUAGACAAGAGGUUGAAGGGCUUUUUUAUUAUUGCGCCUUAUGCGAUGUCACAGUAUGCCGACAUUGUCUUAGAAACCCGUUGGUGAUUGACGAUGUGCCGAAGAAGGUUCACGAGCACUCACUCACACUAGUUAUGAUAAAAGUAUCCUUCACUUGUGAUGCUUGUGGGGUUUGUAGCGAUGGAUUCCCUUGCGUGUGUCUUUCUUGUUGUUUCAUCAUCCAUAAAGAUUGCAUCAAACUGCCAAGAGUUAUACACAUCAACCGCCAUGACCAUCGUGUUUCUCACGCUUAUUCUCCUGGUCCCGGGGAUUGGGUAUGCGGAGUUUGUCGCAAAGGCAUUGAUAGGAUGUAUGGGGCUUACUCAUGCUCCGUUUGCCGUUAUGCUGUUCAUUCACAAUGUGCGAUAAGAAUGGACGUGUGGGAUGGGCUGGAACUGGAAGAUGUGCCUGAAGAUGAAAAUGAAGAUCUUGACCCGUUCGAGGUGAUUGGUGAAGGGUUGAUUAAACAUUUUAGUCACGAGCAUGAUCUAAGGCUGGUUAUUAGUGGCAGUGAUGAAAACAAGGAGCAUUGCUACGUCUGCACUUUUCCCAUCUAUAACGACCCAUACUACACUUGUAUGGAAUGUCAUUUCAUCAUACAUGAAACAUGUGCAAAUCUUCUUAAGAAGAAACGACAUGAGAUUGAGAGUCAUCAACUCACUUUGUGCGUCAAUCCCAAACCAGGUAUAAUUUCAUCUGACAGCCAUUUUUUGUGUCGCACUUGUGGGAGAAAAUGCACUGGUUUCUGUUACAGAUAUAAGUAUACGAAAAUAGAUGUUCAUUGUGCGAGAGUUUCUAAUACGUUAAACCAUGGAAGUCAUCCACAUCCGUUGUUCUGCUUUUCGACCGAAAAUAAGUUGUGCUCAGCUUGUCGCCAAUCAAGCCACCCUGUUAUGAGUUGCAUGGAGUGUGAUUUCGAUUUGUGCUUUUGUUGCGCUACUCUGCCAAAAGAGGUGAGACACAAAUACGAUCGCCAUCCUCUUUCCUUGUGCUAUGGAGAAAGUGCAAGUGGAUUGUACUGGUGUGAGAUUUGUGAGGGAGAAUUAAACCCAAAGGAGUGGUUCUACACCUGCAAUGAUUGUGGCUCUACUCUUCAUGUCAAUUGCGUACUUGGAGAUUACCUACAUAUUAGACCAGGGCACAGUUUCAAAGCCAUUGACGAGGAGGAAUUUGAAGUGGUUGCCAAUGAUGGUCCUACUCGACCCUUUUGCAAAGACGUCAUCUGCAAAAAGCGCUGUGUUCAGCCAUUUGUUAUGAAGAGUAAGGACAAAAACAAUAGGUAUAAAUGUGAUUACUCAUGCAUUAGUGAUCAUUAUCGUUUUGGAGAUUUAUGA